UACAAAAAAAAUAUGUACGAGUGAAUUUAUUGUCCUUUUACAUUUAAGAUUACAUUUACGUAAUUGAACAUAAAAGUGAAUUUGAAAUAAAUAAAGAUUAACAGGAUAGAUUAGUCGAAGCAUGGGUAUCCUAUGUGAGCACGCGAAAAUUUAUGAGAACAGUGCGGUAAUAGUAGUGACAAAACGUUUUGCAGCGGUCGGUCUCUUUGGGUGGGGAAAAUCAAUAAGAAAACCGAGGUUAAAUCACGAGUAUGGCUCAUUAACGUUUAACGAAUAAAUCUUGUAGUGAUAUUUUUUAAUAUCGCAAUAUACAUAUGAAUGUGUCUGUGUUUGUGAAAUCUUUACACUGACGCUUUCAAAAUGUGGCGUCUCUUGAUGGACACGGAAUUUGACUGAAUGUAGUGCGUACUCGGUUAUCUUUAACAGCUGUGUUCAAUAAGAGGAAAAUGUUAAAAAACUAUGAAAUUGAUGCUUCUUGACAUCUAAUUUGAGGAACGAGAUAUCAAGUUGCGCUUAACAAUGUUAAUACUUCGAGAAAUUUUGUUAAUUUACUUUACAUUGUGUAUCAUAUCACAAAUCAACUAUGUUAAAAGUACACAUAUUUCGGGUACCUUUAAUACAAAGGAAUUCUUCCGUUUUCUCAUAAAAUUCGGUUUUCAAAAAACUGAUCGUCAUCGUCAAAAAGAUUCGGUUGGAUAUAUUUUCGGCAAUGUAACGUCGAAAAGCAACUUUUCUGCUCCAAUUACAUUGUCAGUUUUAGAUCGUGGUUAUUUUUUAGAAUAUUAUGGUAAUCGUACAUUAAGCGACAAAAACAUUGCUUGUACUCUUAUGUUUAACACUUUGAAUCAAAGUUCUUACGAUAUGCAUUGUAAUGAAAAAGGACAAGAUUUUUUGAGGAGAGUACCUUGCCAAAAAGGUAAAUUAUGUCCAGAUGAAGAUUCCAUAUGGAACAUUGUAAAGGGAUAUCAAUUUACAUAUGUUAUACAAGAUUUUUGGCAGCCACGUUUUUGGUAUAUGAGUCUAGUGGCAUGUUACAGAAAUACAACUACUUGUCAGUGGGAAUACUAUGAUAAAUAUGAUGAAUUAGAAUAUGAUAUUUGGCUAGUAAAUGGAAAUCCAAAUACUAGUGGCCUAAAUAGCUUAACAUAUCAGUUUUCAUAUGAUAGACAGAAUACUAUAGAAUUGUACUUGCUGUUUUUUAUGUGUUACAUUAUACUUGUGCCAUUACAAUUAUAUGCUGUAAGAUUACAAAAGCAUCCUGUAACAAGAUUAUUCACAGCUAGUUUAUUAUUAGAGUUCAUAGCAUUGUGUUUAAUUUUGAUACACGUGUUGAAAUUUGCUAUUGAUGGAGUAGGAUAUGAACAAUUAGAAGUUGCUGGAGAUAUUUUUGAUAUUUUAUCAAGAACAUCAUUCAUGUUACUUCUUCUCCUACUUGCUAAAGGAUGGGCUGUAACUAGAAUGGAAUUGACAUGGAAGCCAUUGGUCUUUACUAUAUGGCUUUGUUAUGGAAUAGUUCAUAUUCUCUUAUAUGUGUGGAAUAUGACUGAGGUUGAUAUUAUUGAAGAUAUUGAUGAGUAUCAAACAUGGCCAGGCUGGUUUAUACUUUUCUUUCGUAGUGCAAUAAUGGUUUGGUUUUUAUGUGAACUCAGAAACACUAUGACAUAUGAGCAUAAUACUCAGAAAUUAAAUUUUCUACUUCAUUUUGGUGCAUCUUCAUUGGUUUGGUUUAUUUACUUACCUAUUAUAGCACUUAUUGCUCUUCAAGUAAGUGCAUUGUGGAGGUUUAAACUUCUAUUGGGUAUUACAUACUCUGCUGAUUGUUUUGCAUAUUGUGUAAUGGCACAUUUACUUUGGCCAACUCGAAGCGAACAAUAUUUUUUACUUGCACAAGGAGCAGAUAAUGGGGAUGAACUUGAUGAAUUUAAUGAAGCACCACAUGUAUUGAAUAAUUAUGUAGAACCUCCAGAACUUACUAAAAUAAUUACUUAAUGUCAAGGCACAAAAGGCAAAGAAUUACAGAUAUGAAAAUUCAAACUUAUAGUUUGGUACAUACUGUUUGCCAAAUAACAAAAAUUUUAUAGAAUUGAUGAUACUCUGCUAUAUACUUGAGACUGAUAUAUUCUGAACAAUGUGUAAUUAGAGAUAUACUAAUAAUCAAAUUUACAUUUGUGAUAGGAAGCUAAUAAUUGACACAAUGAAGAAUGAAAAAAAUUGGUGAGUAUGAUAUGAGUAUCUUUAAAUAAUUUUUUAUUUAAAAAAAAUGUAGAUAUACAAUUGAGUUGUAUCAGUUUGUAGAUAUAAAUAGAUGCAAGUUAUCUUCUAUGCAAGGUGUUUGCUAAAAAAUGGUAUAAAAUUUAAAGGGUACUUCUAAAAGCCAAAGUAAGACAAAAAUAAAAAAUAGAAAUCAACUAAAAUAGCUACAGUAAAGUUCUUUACAUGAAUGUGGAUGGAUGGAAGUGGUGCUAUGAUAUAUACGCAAUACAGAGAAUAUACACAUAUCAAAACAAACGAAAAAUAACUAUUACACGCAGUAAUAUUUAUAUAUACACGGGUAUACACGAAAUAAAAAGUGAGAAAGCGAAAACAACUAAAAAUAGAACAACUACAGAGAAAUAAAUUAAGUUGAUAUUAGUACUACAAGUUAUUAACUACGAAUUAAUAUAUAAAUAAAAAAGAGAUUUUAAGUUAUUACGUCAAAUAGUUUUUCCAACGUUCCGGUUUCGUUGUUACAAUAAUUCUGUUGUUCUGAAAUUAUUCUAAGUUAGAAACGAUGACGAUAUCUUAGAAGUCAUUUUCAAAUAAAGAUAUGAUCAUUAUGGAACAUACAUGCUAUUUAUUAAAUAUGUUUAAUGAAUGUUUGCCACCUCUAGAUCAAAGAUCAGAACAAUAGACACAGACUUGCAUUGGUGGCUUGAAAUUGCCAUCACCUUGCCAGGCCUUCGCAAUAUUUUUAUUGUUUUUUACAUGUUAGUAAUUAAUUCAAUUAGUUGCAAAUGCAAUUUUUUAUUUUUCACUUUCGUUUUAUUUUGACCUGCAGAAAUACCCUUUAAAACGUUUACCAUAUUUUACAAAACAUUCUGUAUAACUUUUAUGCUACUGUAUAUAAUAAUAAUUAGCUAUCAGUAUCUAAUAUCUAAGGGAUUACAUGUUAUUUAUAAUGGUACUUAUAUACGUAUAGUCUUUAGUCAUAUUUUUUACUAUUUAUAAUACUAGGAAAUACAAUCCUGUAAUGUCAAAUUUCAACUUUAGAUUGCUCAUGUCAUACUCUUUGAUCAUAAGAAUUUAACACCAAUUAAUAAUUUAAUUCUUAAUACUUCAUCCAUCAUUAUUUAUUAAUUAUAUGUAAAAAUUUCAAUGAGGUAAUCAUACACAGUUGUAUUUGUAAAAGAUUUAUGUCUAAUUUUAUUUCUAAUUCCACAUUCUGUACUUAUGUAUAUUUGCUCUGUAUGAAAACUGUUCCAUUGCACAUUUUAGAAAAGUAUGAAAGCUGAAAAUAAAUUAAUUGACUGUC